CCGUAUGUGAAGGUGCAGCUGGCUCUGGACAAGAGGAAGUGGAAGAAAAGGAAAACGUCCAUCAAAAAGAAGACGCUGAAUCCUUAUUUCAACGAGUCUUUCACCUUUGACAUGUCAUUCGAUCAAAUACAGCUCAUAGUGGGAAUCAAGCAAGCCAACAACCUGAAAGCCAUGGACAUGGGGAGGAGCUCCGACCCGUACGUGAAGAUCUACAUCCUCCCAGAGAAGUCCAAAACGUACGAGACCAAACUUACUAAGGCGGUCCUCCAGAAGUCGACGGUCGUAAUGAAGGUUUUCGACUUCAACCGAUUCUCAAAGCACGAAAUCAUCGGCGAGCUCCGGCUUCAGCUCUCCGACGUGGACUGGAACCACGUCAUCGAGGAGUGGCAGGACCUGGCCGAGCCCGCCAAGUUUGAGGAAGAAAACUUGGGAGAGAUUUGCUUCUCACUGCGUUACGUUCCCACGGCCAGCAAACUGACCGUGGUCAUCCUGGAGGCCAAAAACCUGAAGAGCAUGGACGUUGGAGGCAGCUCAGGUCAGUAG